CUGUCACAAAUCGAUUCUGGCUGAUUGAAACCGAACAACUACAGACACCAACUAUGCUUCCUCCGAACAUCCGUACGAAGAUCGACGCACUGAGGAAAAUUCAGAUUGACAUACUGAACAAGGAAGCGGAAUUCCACGAGCAGGUCCAUUCGGUGGAGACCGAUUUUCAGAAAUCGUUGAUUGAAAUCUUCGACAAGAGACGCCAAAUUGUGAACGGUACUACGCAAGAGGACACGCUGAAAUCGGAAGGACACGAAAACAACAAAACGGAGGAUCCACUGGUCAAGGGGAUUCCAGAAUUUUGGCUUAGAGUCUUCAAAAUGGCUCCAAUUUUUUACGGACUCGUUCAACCGCACGACGAAGAGGCUCUGAAGCAUCUGAUAGACGUUCGGUCGAUUUUGAUCAACGAGCCGAAAGCUGGAUUCGUGCUGGAGUUUGAAUUUGAAGCGAACGAUAAUUUUACUAACACAGUGCUCACCAAGCGGUACGAGAUGGAGUGUGUUCCUGAUGUGAAUAAGCUGCUGUCGUUUAAUGGUUUCAAAAUCUUCGACACUGUCGGAUGUGACAUUGACUGGAAAGAGGGUGCUAAUUUGACUGUCGCCGUCGAAAAUGGAACGGAGCGUACUGUAGAUUCAUUUUUCAAUUUUUUCUGUCCGAAAAAGCUAGCAGCAAAUGUGGAUCCGGUGACGUACAAGAAGUUUAUGGAGUAUGACUUUGGGAUUGGCUAUUUCAUCAAAGAUCGGGUCGUGCCGCGAGCGGUUUUGUUCUACUGUGGAGAUUUUAUCAACGUGGAUGAUGAUUCGUUGGAAUAUGAACUGGAACAAGCGCAAAUCUGUGAUUAAUAUGUAAU